CCCAUUCCCGCGAUUACCAACGCCAUUCCUCUUAUCCUCCCAGGCGAUCUUCUGGAGCGUGCAUCUUAAACUCUCUUCUAUCUUCCCAAGCGUCUGCCACUCAUUUUCUCCGGUAAAUUCCUGGGAAGCCCAAAUAUUUUGGAUACCCACCGCUGUGAGAUGACGUCAGCCGAGUGCGAAGGUUAAGCGUGAGCAUAGCGAAGGAGGAUCCAGUGUCCAUCUGGUGCGCACAUUAGAAUUAAGGGUAGUAGUGGAAAGAUGACAAACACGAAGAUGAGAGAGGGGCUUAUUAGUUGUUUAUAGUAUUAUUUGAUUAACAGAUUGGGGAGUCUCUUUUAAGCUGUCGUGUUUUCCAUUUGAUUCUUCUUCAAGAUGAUGAGACUUAGGGUUUUCGUUCUCUUCUCUACAAAAGCUUGUACUGAUUUGGAUUCGGACUCUGUAGUUGCAGACCUGAGAAUUUGAGCUGGAAGAAUUGAUAACGAAGAGAAGAAGAAGAAGAAGAAUUGAAUAAGCAUGAACUCUACUUCCCAAUUUGUUUCCUCAAGAAGGAUGGGAGCUUAUGAGCCAAUCCACCAGAUGGGCAUGUGGGGAGAAAACUUCAAAACUAAUGGUACUCUAAAUACACCACCAUCUAUUCUUGUGGAUGGAGAUGAACUAAACACUCAGUCAGAAGAUACUUCAAAUGGAAUCCUGGGACAUUCUGACAAAUUUUACUUAGAAGGAACUAAACCUGCUGACAAGGUACAGAGAAGACUUGCACAGAAUAGGGAAGCUGCUCGUAAAAGUCGUUUACGUAAGAAGGCCUAUGUUCAGCAGUUAGAGACAAGUCGUUUGAAGCUUGUUCAAUUGGAGCAAGAGCUUGAGCGAGCCAGGAAACAAGGCCUUUAUGUAGGUAGUGGUGGAUUAGAUGCUAAUCGUUUGGGUUACUCUGGAGCUACAGAUGCAGGCAUAACAGCCUUUGAGAUGGAGUAUGCCCAUUGGGUGGAAGAACAAAAUCGAUUAGUUUGUGAGUUGAGGACAGCUUUACAUGCACAUAUAGGAGAUGGAGAGCUUCGGAUGCUAGUAGAAAGUAGCAUGAACCACUAUUUCAAGCUUUUUAGCAUGAAAUCAAUGGCUGCAAAAGCUGACGUGUUUUAUGUCAUGUCUGGAAUGUGGAAGACAUCAGCAGAAAGGUUCUUCUUGUGGAUAGGAGGCUUUCGCCCUUCUGAACUUCUUAAGGUUCUUGAGCCCCAUCUUGAACCCUUGACGGAUAAUCAGCUUCUAGAUGUUUAUAACCUAAGACAAUCAUGUCAGCAAGCAGAAGAUGCUCUUUCUCAAGGUAUGGAAAAGCUCCAGCAAACACUAGCCGAAUCUGUAGCUGCUGGUCAGCUAGGUGAAGGAAAUUAUAUUCCACAAUUGCCUACCGCUAUGGAGAGGUUGGAAGCUCUAGUGUGCUUCUUGAACCAGGCUGACCAUCUUCGACAGGAAACCCUGACUCAGAUGGCCCGUAUCUUGACAACCCGCCAGGCUGCUAGAGGCUUGCUUGCCAUGGGGGAGUAUUUCCAACGUCUCUGGGCUUUGAGCUCACUUUGGGCUACUCGUCCUCGGGAGCCUGCUUAGUCUUAAUUUAGAAGAGGAAGAAGAAGACAAGUAAAGUUUGCAACAUGCAGGAUAGUCACUGCCAAAUCUGCCAUAUGCGCUUCCACAAGUGGUGCAAUUUAGUUGCUAAAUCUUGAAAAACAUAAUAUAGUGUCUAAGCUGCUGAUGACAUUAUUCAAGCAGCCUCCAAUAUCUGAGAAACUGUAAAUAUGAAUAGCCAUUUUGGUGUAAUUAAUAAAAGUAAAGCUUUUUUGUACAUUACAACUGAUGUAUUUUGAGUAUUUGUAUAUCAUGUCUACAAAGGCAAGACGGACUAUAAGCAUCUCCUGUAGUUAUUUUAUUUGAAUGGUCUUUGUAUUUUUUAUAAUAGAAUGCAUUGGACACACCUUAUUAUUGUGGAUAAUGUAUACAGUUGCUUCGUUGUGCUUCGAAA